CGUGACUUCCCAGCUUCCCUUGCGCGGUCACCAUCAUGGCGGACGAGCAGACGGACGAGACGCAGUCGACAGCUGCAGAAAUGACGAUUUUAACGAAUGGAGACUCUCAUCCUCCUAAAGAAGACGCGGAUCCCGCGGACGAGAGCGGCAAGAAGAAGAAGAAAAAGAAGAAGAAGACGAAACCAUCAGCCGCGGAAAACAACAACAUAGAAUCUGACAUCACCAAAGUGACAAAAGAACUGCAGCAACAAACAUUAGAAGACCAAGAGAAGGAGGAUGAGGCGGAGGACGCAGAUGGCGAGGAAGGAGAUUCCUCAGGAAAGAAGAAGAAGAAAAAGAAAAAGAAGAAAGGACCCAAAGUACAAACGGAUCCUCCAUCCAUCCCCAUCUGUGAGCUCUAUCCCUCUGGAGUUUAUCUCAAAGGCCAGGAGUGUGAAUAUCCACCCACACACGACGGACGCACGGCUGCGUGGAGGACCAGCAAUGAAGAGAAGAAGUUUUUGGAUCAGGCUAAUGAGGAGAUGUGGAAUGACUUCAGACAGGCGGCCGAGGCUCAUCGGCAGGUCCGGAAAUACGUCAUGAGCUGGAUCAAACCGGGCAUGAGCAUGAUCGAGAUCUGUCAGAAACUGGAGGAUUGUUCCAGGAAACUGAUCAAGGAAAACGGUCUGAACGCCGGUUUGGCUUUUCCCACCGGCUGCUCUCUGAACCACUGUGCCGCUCACUACACUCCUAACGCUGGAGAUACCACCGUCCUCCAGUACGAUGACGUCUGCAAGAUCGACUUCGGCACACACAUUAACGGUCGAAUCAUCGACUGCGCUUUUACCGUCACCUUUAACCCGAGAUACGAUAAACUGCUGGAAGCUGUUAAAGACGCCACAAAUACCGGAAUCAAGUGUGCGGGGAUCGAUGUGCGUUUGUGUGACAUUGGAGAAUCCAUUCAGGAGGUGAUGGAGUCUUACGAAGUGGAACUUGAUGGAAAAACGUAUCAAGUGAAACCAAUUAGAAAUCUCAACGGACACUCCAUCGGCCAGUACAGAAUACACGCCGGCAAAACCGUGCCCAUCGUGAAAGGAGGUGAAGCCACCAAGAUGGAGGAAGGUGAGGUCUACGCCAUCGAGACAUUCGGGAGCACUGGGAAAGGCAUGGUUCAUGAUGACAUGGAGUGUUCGCAUUACAUGAAAAACUUUGAGGUCGGCCAUGUGCCAAUUAGACUCCCCAGAGCCAAACAUUUGCUGAAUGUGGUGAACGAGAACUUCGGCACGCUGGCCUUCUGCCGCCGCUGGCUGGAUCGUCUGGGCGAGACCAAGUAUUUAAUGGCGCUGAAGAACCUGUGUGACCUGGGCAUCAUCGACCCGUACCCUCCUCUGUGUGACACCAAAGGCUGCUACACGGCUCAGUUUGAACACACCAUCCUGUUGAGACCCACCUGUAAAGAGGUGGUCAGCCGAGGAGACGAUUACUAGACCUCUGCCUUCAUCUCUCGUACGCUUUCUUAUGUCACAUUUGAGUAUUCCAUGGGUAAAGAUGGGGGGAAUAAGCUGUGCCUUCUCAUUUUUAACACGCUUGCAUUUGUCUGUACAGAGGACGGAUGAGGUUUGAGAAGUUUAACUGCGGUGUAAUUUGUUUUAGGCACCGAUGAAGUGCUCUAGAAACAUUUGACAAACUCUCGAGGACGUCCGGUGCACUUUUCAUGAUCAACGUGAGCAGCGUGUUUAACCCGAGGAAAUGUGACGUCAAAACCACAUUUUCAGAUCAUCUGCAGUCUUGCAUGUCUUUUAUAUACAGAGAACGUUUGCGAGAUGUAAGAGGAAUGGAGAAGAGUCAUGUUGUUGAUCAUUUCUAAAUCAAGUCCUGUAUGUUUCGGCUUUUCAGUUUGAGGCUUUUGAUUUUUCACUGGUUUAAAACAAAUGAUACAAUC